AUGUUUUGUAGCAGUUGCCUCACGAACACUUCGAAGUACAGGUUGAGCGAGCGACACUCCUGCACAGGGCGGUCCACUUGGUGGCGCCAAAUCCGAGUACCUGUCGAGUUGGGGUCGCAGCAGCCCGGUACCCGGGCUGCGCGGUGCGCCGUCUCCUCAACAACGCGACGCUUUGCAAUGCAGGUCACUGGGGUGAGAGAUGCGCGCGAUGGCAAGCCCACAUCCCCCAAGGCUUUCCCUUGGCUGCAGUUCGUGAAGUAUGAAGGUCUAGGAAACGACUUCAUCCUAGUUGAUCAACGCAAGUGCGCCUGGCCUGAGGUGGAUACAGCGCAAGCCGUGCGGCUCUGCGACCGACACCGGGGUAUUGGUGCGGAUGGGGUCAUUCUUCUGCUCCCAGCAAUAAGCAGUGGUGCUGACUUUAGGGUGCGCAUUGUGAACGCCGACGGAAGCGAGCCGGAGAUGUGUGGCAACGGUAUCCGCUGUGUUGCCAAGUACGCGGUUGAUGUGUGCAACGACUCCGCCGCCGGUCCGAACGAGGCCUCCACCUUUGGUGACGGUGCCCUGAGCAUCGAAACCGGAGCAGGAUACAUUCGGCCUCGGGUGCUCUCCGACGGUCGAGUCUGUGUUGACAUGGGGCCGCCGAUCCUCGACCCGCAGUGCGUUCCGACCACGCUGCCGGGGUCGCGGCGCAUCGCCGACGUCAAGGCUGCAGUCGAGGUCCCACUGGACGGUAGCACUGCGGAAGACAUUGCGGCUGCUCGCUUGCCGCUGCCACCUCCAGAGUGCUGCGGUGCGAGCGAGUUUGUCUGGCGAUGCACGGCGGUGUCCAUGGGGAAUCCGCAUUGUGUGAUCUUUGUCGACCAGAAAACCUUUGCGUGGGUCGAUGCCAAUCUGGAGAGAAUUGGGCCAAUGUUCGAGACGCAUCACUGCUUCCCACGCCGAACGAAUACAGAGUUUAUUGAGGUUUGCGGGCCGCGGGAUCUACGGAUGUCGGUGUGGGAACGAGGCGCCGGGCGAACGAUGGCUUGCGGGACUGGCGCUUGCGCAGCGGUUGUGGCUGCCACGAUAUCUGGUCGUAUUCCGUCGCAAGGAGCGGGCGCAUCCGGUGAUCCAGUCUCAGCGGAUGCUUGCGUUGUCCAUCUGCCCGGUGGUGAUUUGGAAAUAUACUGGAGUCCAGAGAAUCGUCACGUGUAUAUGACUGGCCCAGCGAACUUCGUGUAUCGCGGAGAAUGCCUACUUGAAUCCAGCUCUCUUUAG